UCUCCUUCUUCUCCUUCUCUUCACUCAGUCUUCAUUCUGUGUUAUGUGUACUUCUCCUUCAUAAAGCAAAGAAUCUUCUGAAUUUCUCAGCUUCUCAUUCCUCAGAAUAUUCCCCAUUAAAGCAACUCAAAUAUCUGAUAAGUUCAGCUGAAUCUCAGUAACCAUGGCUCUGUUCUCCGAUCUUCACCAACAUUCUUCAGAAAUGGUCAUUGUUCUCGUUCUUUUUCUUGUUCUCAAAGGAGUUUCAGGGGCUACAUUUACGUUUGUGAACAAGUGUGAAUACACAGUAUGGCCGGGAGUACUGGGAAAGCCUGACCUGGGAACCACAGGAUUCGAGCUCUCCAAGGGAAGUUCUCGAAGUUUCCAGGCUCCAGCUGGCUGGUCCGGUAGAUUCUGGGCAAGAACUAGUUGCAGAUUCGACGAUUCCGGUCACGGAACAUGUGCCACCGGCGACUGCGGAUCCGGCAGUAUCGACUGCAAUGGCGCCGGAGCUUCCCCUCCGGCGACGCUAGCGGAGUUCACGCUCGAUCCAGCCGGCUCGCAAGAUUACUACGACGUGAGCCUCGUGGAUGGCUACAAUCUGCCGAUGAUGGUGGAAGCGAAUGGAGGGUCAGGAUCAUGUGCGACCACUGGUUGUCUGGUAGAUCUCAACAGGCGGUGCCCGUCGGAGUUGAAGGCAGGCGGCGGCGGCGCCUGUAAGAGUGCUUGUGACGCUUUUGGGAAACCGGAAUAUUGCUGCAACGGAGAAUACGGUUCGCCGUCGACGUGCAAGCCGUCGAUGUAUUCGGAGAUUUUCAAAUCUGCGUGUCCUAAAGCGUAUAGCUACGCUUACGAUGAUUCGACAAGUACCUUUACUUGUGUUGGAGCUGACUAUACCAUCACAUUUUGCCCUCCUUCUCCCCCAAGUCUGAAAUCGGUAGGAGUGGACGCAGGACAAUCAGUGCAGCAAGCAGCCAUGGCAACUUCUUCUUGGAUUGCAAAUUUGGCCACUGGCCGUUCCACUUCUAUCCACACUUCAAUCUCUCCACUUCUUCUUCCUCUUAUUCUCAUUGUUUCCUUCAUUUAACUUUUUGCCCAUUUCAAUUUUUAUAAUUUUUAUUUUCUCCAUGUAAAUUAUUAUUAUUGCCAUUUCGGCCUUCUAAUUGCAGACUAGAAAUAUUUCCCACC